UAUAAUUUCAAAAAUACCCGGCUGUACGGUGAGCACAGUACAGCCGGUUGUAUGGUAUAAUUUACCUUCCCACAGCCCUCAACCACUCCCAUCCUUUCUCCGUUCUUCACUCUCCACGCCGGCAGAAAUUAGUUCUUGGAUCCCCGCAUUUCUCACUGUAGCUUGAUUUUAAAUCACUGAUCAAACGGGAAUGGCUUUCCAAAAGAUCAAGGUUGCCAACCCCAUCGUCGAGAUGGACGGGGAUGAAAUGACCAGGGUUAUUUGGCAAUCAAUCAAGGACAAGCUCAUUUUGCCAUUUCUGGAGUUGGAUAUAAAGUACUUCGACCUUGGUCUUCCUCAUCGUGAUACCACAGAUGAUAAGGUUACAGUUGAAAGUGCAGAAGCUACCCUGAAGUAUAAUGUAGCUAUCAAGUGUGCAACCAUUACUCCAGAUGAAGACCGUGUAAAGGAAUUUAACCUGAAACAGAUGUGGAAGAGUCCAAAUGGAACAAUUAGGAACAUCUUGAAUGGUACUGUGUUCAGGGAGCCAAUUCUUUGCAAGAACAUUCCCCGCCUUGUCCCAAGUUGGAAUAAAGCAAUUUGCAUUGGUAGACAUGCAUUUGGUGAUCAGUACAGAGCAACUGAUACAGUUAUUAAAGGAGCUGGAAAACUCAAACUGGUGUUCGUACCGGAAGGAAAGCAGGAUGAAAAGACAGAGUUUGAGGUUUUCAACUUCACUGGAGCUGGUGGAGUUGCCCUUUCCAUGUACAACACUGAUGAGUCUAUUCAUGCUUUUGCUGAAGCUUCGAUGAACAUGGCAUAUGAAAAGAAGUGGCCCCUAUAUCUCAGUACAAAGAAUACUAUUCUUAAGAAAUAUGAUGGAAGGUUCAAGGAUAUAUUUCAAGAAGUCUACGAAGCUCAAUGGAAAUCAAAGUUUGUAGAGGCUGGAAUUUGGUAUGAACACCGUCUUAUAGAUGAUAUGGUUGCUUACGCAUUGAAGAGUGACGGUGGGUAUGUCUGGGCAUGCAAGAACUAUGAUGGGGAUGUUCAGAGUGAUUUCCUAGCUCAAGGCUUUGGAUCUCUUGGUCUGAUGACAUCUGUCCUGCUCUGCCCGGAUGGAAAAACCAUAGAGGCCGAAGCAGCACAUGGAACUGUUACACGCCACUAUAGAGUUCACCAGAAGGGUGGUGAAACCAGCACAAACAGCAUUGCCUCCAUAUUUGCUUGGACCCGUGGUCUGGCUCACAGGGCAAAGUUGGACAACAAUGUUAGACUAUUGGAUUUUACGGAGAAGCUUGAAGCAGCUUGCAUUGGUGCUGUGGAGUCUGGGAAGAUGACCAAAGAUCUUGCACUUAUCAUCCAUGGCUCCAAGCUUUCAAGGGAAACAUAUCUGAACACCGAACAAUUCAUUGAUGCUGUGGCAGAUGAACUGAAAGCUAGGCUCUUGAAGGCAAAGGCAUAAAUGUCUGGAGAUGUAGCAGUGAAAGUUGUACUUUUAUAGCAGUAAAGGGGCUUUAAAGUGAGUGGCGUUUUCUCUGAUGUGAACUUCAAUCUAUGCAUCAUUAAGGACCUGUGAUCUUACUUAAGCUGCAAUUACCACAUUGUCUUGAGUUUGGGUAUAUUUUUCGUAUGCAAUAUCAAAUGAGUGUCUGAUGCAGACCUUUUUUUUUAUUACGUAUCAUAAAUGAGCAAAAUCACUUGUGUUAUGUGAAGAUGCAAUUGUUGGCAGUGUGCCAAAAUUGAUUUGCCAGUAUGGGAAUUUUGUUUUUUUUGUCAAAACUCUGAGCUUAUGGCGGAACUUCUUUACACUUGCUAGUAUUUAUUAUGGGCUCAGUAAAAUUUGGUUUGAAUGUCUACUCUUUGUCCG